ACUUGUACCAAUACUUGCAAAAUAUAUAUAAAUAUUACCAAAUUUCAAUAUUAACUACAUGAUUGCGACGUUUUUUGUUAUGAUAAAAUAUGUUACAAUUUUUGUUAUUUGGCAUCGGUCAAUUAGGUAUUUUUCUCGACGAAGCCAAUCGAGUUCGUUGCCUAAGUCUUUCGAUUAUCGGCCGCUAAUGAGCGAAAAUUUCGCACUAAGCGUGACAAUUAAAUGGAGUCGCUAUGGAGAUGGCCAAGUGACAUCACAAUCACAAAUAAGCCGAAAUUUGCACUAAUUUUUCGCUGCUUUGCAACAGAGCCAGGCAAACGUCAACAAACCGCGAAAGCAAAACAAAAGCCGACCGCGCUUUUUUUGUGUAGGGCAUCCAAAAAAAAAUCCCCCGCACUCAUGAAUGAGAGAAUAACUGCGAUUUGAAGAGCCGACCAGCCGAGCGAGGCAUCAAUAGACACGAUGAUUUAGUUUUUCCAGCCUCGUCUCUGCGAUGAUGUUGCUCUUUGGCAAUUCCAGCGAUGACGAGGUGGAUUUAGCCGCUGGCAGCCUCGCUCAUCUGCAGAGAGUCCGCGGAGCCAGCGCUCUGCUCUUGAGUAUAAAACUAAAAUUGAUGCGAAUUUUUUUACAACUUUUGCAUCAACUUCAAACGCGGCAACACGUGCAGAGCCCCAGCGCUUGCUCCUCCGUUCGAAACGAAGUGAGUCCGAUUCCAUACGAUACGAUACGGCUCGAUCGGAUCUGUAAUAAAUUGCGGCGUGUGUUUUAUUAGCGCGGCAAAGUGCGUGGCAUUUAAAUAGUGUUGGGCGUUGAGCAAUCGAUUGCGCAAAUUAGUUUUCAAGAGGGGCCGCAAAUGAAAAAACAUCCUUAAGAACGGAUAAACAGAAUUCAGCCCUUGCAGCACUCAGUUUCUGUAUAAAACUAUUGUAGUUCUAAAGGAUAAGGCGCCUUAAUUAAAAACUGUUUGAAUAUGGUGUUAUUUUUGAUAAGGAAGUGUCUUAAGAAGACUAAGCAUAAAGAAGGAAGCAUAUAAGGAAUGACAUUCAAAUAAAGUGUUUAUAGGUCUAGAAAUGUGCAAGUUAUAAGAGGUUUAAUAAAACUUUGCACCUUGACUAUCGCAUCUAGUGGAUUACUGACCUGAAAGCUUUAACUGCUAUAUUUUUUAACUACAGAUAAAUGUUGAUAACUAAAAUGUUACCUAAAUGUUAGAUACUUUUCAAUUAAAAUGUGCGUACAAAGUACAUCUCUUUAACAACUAAAACCUAAGUUUUCAUUAAUUUUUAAUGCGUUUUAAUGGUGAUUAGAUUGAAAGGACAGCCCCUUUAUGUUCUUCCAUAAAAAGCGUGUACUGAAAUAAGCAAAUUACGACGAACAAUGUGUUAAACAAGAAUCCAACGCAAUAUCGUUAACCCCGACUUAAGCGACUCGAGUUACUAUCAAUUAAGAUCCAUUAGAAGCACACAAUCCGCGGGCACAAAAAGUGAAUGCAACCGGCAGCAGCUGCAACAUCGCCGUCAGCAAUACUUGAUUGUCCAUUAGCAAUUGCGGUUGCCUCCUCUCGUCCGACUAUAGAAAACAUUUAGAUAUAAAAUCUAAUUAUAUGCCGCAUAAGCCAAGAAGGAGAAGAUGUUUCCUUUCUAAAAAAUUCCGACAAAAAUUAUGCUGCGCGCACAAAAUAAAUAACAUCAACCCACUCGACUCGUUUUGUAUCGAUUUUCGUUUUGUAUCUUUUAGAUAGGAAAAAAUCACAUUUAAAUUACGGAUUACCAAAAGAAAAAUUUACAAAAAAAAAACAAAACACCAAAAGCCAAAAAAGCAACAGACAUCAUGGCAGCCACAACAACAGCAGCGAACAAAUUACCGCAGCAGCAACACAGACGGCAGCAGCAUCUUCAGUGGAGCGCCUGCAUUAUGAUAGUCGUGUUCGGACUGUUUUCAAUGCUGGCAGGGAACUGUGUCAAUGGGCAAAUCGAUGGCUACACUGCUGGCGAGGAUUACCCCGCCUACGACUCCGUGCCAAAGGGUCUAGCAUUCAAUUGCCAGGGUCGCCAGCCGGGUUACUAUGCGGAUACAGAGACGCGUUGUCAGGUCUGGCACUGGUGCCUCCACUCGGGCCAUCAGUACUCCUUCCUCUGUCCCAAUGGAACCGUAUUCAACCAGGCGGUCAGGGUCUGCGACUGGUGGUCGAAUGUGAACUGCGAGGGAUCGGAGCAACUCUACCAGAACAACGACGAACUGUAUCGCAUCCCAGAGCGCCAGCAGCAGCAGAAUGAAGUAUGAUAUGAGGCCGAUGAUGAGUAUAAGAUUGGGACAGCAAACGGAACCAGACAGCGCGGCGGAAGACAGCGGCAAUUUCAAAAGCAACAGCACCAACAGCAGCAGCAGCAACUGCAACAGCAGCAACAGCAACAUCAAGCAAUCAACAGCAACACGGCAAUCGGCGGAAUCAACAGCAGCAAUAGAAUCGUAGAUAGCAGCAACUACAGUAAAAUGACCAAAAAUAGCUUUAGAGGUAGCAUGAGAUUUACCACACCAAGUACCAAUCCUCAAUCGUCAUACUCAUCAUCACAGCAGCAGCAGCAACAGCAACAGCAACACAAGCAACAUCAGAAGCAACACAAUUCUAGUAAAAAUAGCGAAAGAAAAUCAAAGCCUAGUAGCGUUAACCAUAGAGAUAGGGAAAGCAACCAAACUAGAUCUAGGAACCGCACUCACAAUACCCCUCAAUCCGGCAAGAAGAACAACAGCAACAGCAACAGCUCAAGAGGCAAACAGCGAUAUAAUACGAAUAAGUUCGAAAACGACGCGGAGCUCAAGGAUUACAAGAGCAAGAUCAAGAACAAAUACAAUAUCGAUUAUGAUCAUUCUUUGGAUGAAGAAUAUGAAAUAAUCGAGGCCAUCGAAUGAGUGAACAUAGCUUUAUACUCGUUGUUCUCGAUGUUGUUGUCACACAAAUGCGACCCCAAAUUGGCGAACUUCCAUCUGAAUGUUUUGAAUGUUUUGAAUGUUACCCAAAAUUUACCCGUUGUAUAUAUGUUAAAGCAUAAUCACAUACCCUUCAUUGUUAAAUACACACAACCCCUUUCAUUUAAAUUUGUAAAGAAAAGUAUUGCUUGUGUUGUGCACAAAAGCAAAAUAAAAAUACAUCUUAAAAAGUAACUGAUUUUUUGUUCAGUGGUUUUCAAUCAAGUUUAAAGUUUUGGUGUAAAGCAGUUCA